UUUGGCUGAAAGCUGUGACGUUAGUGACGUUUCGUUGUGCUUUAAAAGUUCAGAAGUAGAAAAAUAUUCUGAUUUUCCGUGAAUAUUUUCUAGUUUGCAUCUGUUUGCAUAAGAAAUAUAUUGACUUGAAUUAUAAAAUAGUGACCAGGAAAUUAAUAUUAUAUCAGGUGGGGCAUUUGUUUUAAAAAUGCCUACCGCCAGCGCCGCUUCAUGGGUAAAAUUCUUCGCUAAUGCCGGCAUACCGUCGCAGGCGGCCGCCGGAUAUGCGCAUGUUUUCGUUGAGAAUCGCAUCCAAAUGGACAUGCUUAUGGAUCUCAACAAGGAGUACCUCCGCGAGAUGGGAAUCACGACCAUGGGAGACAUCAUUGCCAUCCUGCGUCACUCAAAGGUGGUCAGCGAGCAAUCUGCCCGAGACAAGGUCCUAUCCAUACCGGGAGACGAGGGCAGCAAUGGAAGCUCUUCAGUGGUGCCUGUAGCAGCCGUUUCAGCGACGCAGAGUUCCGUGCCGAAAUCGGUGGUAUCAAGACCCAAUUCCACAGUGUCACUUCCCAGCAAACCGCGUCGUGUAUUUCAAGAACACAAAAUCACACUUCCUGCUACAGGUAGUAUUGGUAGGUCGGUGAAUGAGAUUCCCGAGAAGAAAACAUCUUCAGCGAUGGGAACCACAAGUAAGAAGACGGACGUCUUUAAAAGGCUUUCACACAAUUCGGACGAUGAUGCCGACGAGGAAAGUCUGCGUGAGCCACCCUCGAAGCUCGCUUCGAAAGUGACUCUGAAAGGCAUAGAACCGAUUCGAGCUAGCAAAAGUACAACGUCUAUAUUCUCCCGACUGGGAGGAAAAAGCAAACGAGAUAUUACAGAUGGGCCAACGGGAAUACUAAAGAAAUCUCCCAACAGACCGAUGUCGUUAGAGCGAAAAAUUACCACCUCGUCACAGAAGAUAAUGGUGGUCAAGAAGAUUCCAGCCAAAGCGGUCACCGUUUCGGAUGACGAUGAGUACAGUAUGCGGAAGGCCAACAUCCGUCCGAGGUCAUCAUUCAGCCGGAUGGAUACGGGAGAGCCUUUGAAAUCCGUGUCCUUCUCCGAGGAGGACGAGGUUCUUGAAAUAGAUCCCCGCCCAGCGGGUGAUCAACGUUCGCCAAAAGGUAUGAACCGAAUGAGAUUCAACGAGCGAGAAGUUCCCGUACGCUCCAGGCUUGGCCAUUCUCCAAAGCGCAACCAGAUCUCUCCACUGCGGGGACCAAAGAAAACGGUUUUCAUGAAGCCCCAGCGAACGUCGGCCGGCAAUGUGACGACCCUUUCGCCGUCAUCACUGUCGCGAUCAAAAAUGAAGUCCGAUGCCAUGCUGUUGCGUACCGAGCUACCGGUAAAAAAUCGACUGACCUUGGCCGCCCGAGCCGGUGGCCCUUCUGCAGGCAGAAAAGAUCAACACACGCAUAGGACCGCCGAUCGAUUCAGUCUGGAUUCCAAGCUGGCCGGCCUGAAGCUCAAGGGAUCCAACGGGAAGCCGACGAACGGCGGCAGGAAAAGUGUCCCCAGCGGAAGUGUUUUUGACCGAUUGGGUUAUAAUAGGAAAUAAGCGGGAUUCUUUCGUCGAGACUACGUUGAUCUUAGAGGAUAGUAUGCGCUAAAAUAAGUAACAUAUAUGGCAAGUUUGACAGAUUGCUCCGCAUGGAAGGAAAAUUUCCUGUAGUAACGUUCGAGGCAAACCGAAACGAAGAAAUAAACUAUUCAUAUCUCUCGAGAAUAUUAUAGAGUUAGAGAAUUGUCUCGCAAACACGAUAUUUGCCAAGUGUUGAAUACUGUUUGAAUGGCUAUAUAACAGAAAUAAAGCUCUUCUAAUUUACUAAUGUA